UUAAGGGGUUGAGAAGAGGGUGGGGAAUAGGGGAAGAGAGUUUAUUUUAAAACCUCUUGACAUGGUAUAUGUUGGACUGGCCAUAAAGUCUCCUAUAGCCAGUUUGUAAGGGAGAAACCCUGUUGAGUCCAAGGUGUGACUACAGUGCCCCUCCAUUUACUGGCCGACUUGUAGUUAAUACAGUAGGGUAUGGGGAACUCUUCAUUUUUAUAUAACAAUCGUUUAUUGUAUAAAUAGCACACAAAUCCUCUAUAUACUUGGAUACUUACCCUGAGCUGGAAUAAGUAAAGAUGUAAAAAUACAGUUGGUUUUUUAGAGCUUUCUGCAGGAUAACAGGGAUGUAGGAAGUUCCCAGCCAUUGACUGGAGGUUAGAAUGUGAAGUGAACUACUUUGAGGGGCAAUUUCAGAUUUUGAGCCUAAUGUUCAUUUUCCUACUCCCCAAAGAGGUGAAGGUCGCUGCAAGUGGAGCCUUUUUACACACAGAAUUUUUUGUGGUUUUACUACUCUCUUGUCUCCUUUAGCCAAGGCCCAUGGCUUGCCUUCAGUAUGAUAGUAUGGUCUUGAAAAGUAGAAAGACUCCUUCGUAAAUGUAUUCAAUAUGAGGGCCUUCAUUUUGUUACCUGCGUUUGAUGGUAGGAAGUUUUUUACUAUUUCUAUUUCUGAUUGGCAUUUUAAUUUAUCAUAUUCAUUUAGUAAAUUUUGCCACCACUGAGGCAAUUUCAGUGUUCAGGUUUGGGGAGGUAAGUAAGAUCUGUAGGUCUGUACUGCUCCCUUAAUUCUAGAAAUGGCUUGCCGAUGCAGGACAGUGAAUGCUGGGCUGUACUGUGGCAUUAACAACUUUGAUUGAGUUAACACCAGCAAAUUUUUCCAGGGAAAAAUAAUCUAAUAUUAAUCUCCUGUCAUGACUACAGCCCUUAGCCAUAUUCUCCCUCUCCUGCCAACAGUGUAGACUUGGAUCUAGUUGCACCUUUCCAUUCAGUGGUUAUUUCUGGUCAGGUGUUAAAGGGUAGUGGGCAAAGGAUCCUGCUUCAGUGGACACUGGUGAUGGGCUCCUAGGCUUGGUGGUGGCUGGCUUUCUGCAUUGCAGUAAAACCACAAGGGGGCAUCUUUGGCUCUGGGAUUAAUGAUUCAUCUGUCUUCUCUGACCUGUGACCUUUUCUCUCCUUUCCCUUACCUUCUCUCGGUAGUGUGAAGUGAGGGGGGCCUUCUCCCUCCUUGCUCCUCCCUCUGUGAUCCACACCUUCCUUUUUACCCUGCCCUGUGGCGGCUCCGCCCCUUACGUUCAUGGACGACUCAGAGGUGGAGUCGACCGCCAGCAUCUUGGCCUCUGUGAAGGAACAAGAGGCCCAGUUUGAGAAGCUGACCCGGGCGCUGGAGGAGGAACGGCGCCACGUCUCGGCGCAACUGGAACGCGUCCGGGUCUCACCACAAGAUGCCAACCCACUCAUGGCCAACGGCACCCUCACCCGCCGGCAUCAGAACGGCCGGUUUGUGGGCGAUGCUGACCUUGAGCGACAGAAAUUUUCAGAUCUGAAACUCAACGGACCCCAGGAUCACAGUCACCUUGUGUAUAGCACCAUUCCCAGGAUGCAGGAGCCAGGGCAGAUUGUGGGGACCUACACAGAGGAGGACCCCGAGGGAGCCAUGUCUGUUGUCUCUGUGGAGACCUCUGAUGAUGGAACUACUCGGCGCACAGAGACCACAGUCAAGAAAGUGGUGAAGACUGUGACAACACGGACAGUACAGCCAGUCCCUGUGGGACCAGAUGGGCUGCCUGUGGAUGCCUCAUCAGUUUCUAACAACUAUAUCCAGACUCUGGGGCGUGACUUCCGCAAGAAUGGCAAUGGGGGACCUGGUCCCUAUGUGGGGCAAGCAGGCACUGCUACCCUUCCCAGGAACUUCCACUACCCUCCCGAUGGAUAUAGCCGCCACUAUGAAGAUGGUUAUCCAAGUAGCAGUGACAACUAUGGCAGUCUGUCCCGGGUGACCCGCAUUGAGGAGCGGUACAGGCCCAGCAUGGAAGGUUAUCGGGCACCUAGUAGACAGGAUGUGUAUGGGCCCCAGCCCCAGGUUCGGGUAGGUGGGAGCAGUGUGGAUCUGCAUCGUUUUCACCCAGAGCCUUAUGGGCUAGAGGAUGACCAGCGUAGCAUGGGCUAUGAUGAUCUGGAUUACGGCAUGAUGUCCGAUUAUGGCACUGCCCGUCGGACUGGGACACCCUCUGACCCUCGCCGACGACUCAGGAGCUACGAAGACAUGAUUGGUGAGGAAGUGCCGUCGGACCAGUACUACUGGGCUCCUCUGGCCCAGCACGAACGGGGAAGUUUAGCAAGCUUGGAUAGCCUGCGUAAGGGGGGGCCCCCGCCCCCCAGCUGGAGACAGCCGGAGCUGCCGGAGGUGAUAGCCAUGUUAGGAUUCCGCUUGGAUGCCGUCAAGUCCAAUGCAGCUGCGUACCUGCAGCACCUGUGCUAUCGCAAUGACAAGGUGAAGACCGACGUUCGGAAGCUCAAGGGGAUCCCGGUACUGGUGGGAUUGUUAGACCACCCCAAAAAGGAAGUGCACCUUGGAGCCUGUGGGGCUCUCAAGAAUAUCUCUUUUGGGCGUGACCAGGAUAACAAGAUUGCCAUAAAAAACUGUGAUGGUGUUCCUGCCCUUGUGCGAUUGCUCCGAAAGGCUCGGGAUAUGGACCUCACCGAAGUCAUUACCGGAACCCUGUGGAAUCUCUCAUCCCAUGACUCAAUCAAAAUGGAGAUUGUGGACCAUGCACUGCAUGCAUUGACAGAUGAAGUGAUCAUCCCACAUUCUGGUUGGGAGCGGGAACCUAAUGAAGAUUGCAAGCCACGCCAUAUUGAGUGGGAGUCAGUGCUCACCAACACAGCUGGCUGUCUUAGGAAUGUCAGCUCAGAGAGGAGUGAAGCUCGCCGGAAACUUCGGGAAUGUGAUGGUUUAGUGGAUGCCCUCAUUUUCAUUGUUCAGGCUGAGAUUGGGCAGAAGGAUUCGGACAGCAAGCUUGUGGAGAACUGUGUUUGCCUUCUUCGGAAUUUGUCAUAUCAAGUUCACCGGGAGAUCCCACAGGCAGAGCGUUACCAAGAGGCACCUCCCAAUGUUGCCAACAAUACUGGGCCACAUGCUGCCAGUUGCUUUGGGGCCAAGAAGGGCAAAGGGAAAAAACCCACAGAGGAUCCAGCAAACGAUACAGUGGAUUUUCCUAAAAGAACUAGUCCAGCUCGAGGCUAUGAGCUUUUAUUUCAGCCAGAGGUGGUUCGGAUAUACAUCUCACUCCUCAAGGAGAGCAAGACUCCUGCCAUCCUAGAAGCCUCAGCUGGAGCUAUCCAGAACUUGUGUGCUGGGCGCUGGACGUAUGGUCGAUACAUUCGCUCUGCUCUGCGUCAAGAGAAGGCUCUUUCUGCCAUCGCUGACCUCCUGACCAAUGAACAUGAGCGGGUAGUGAAAGCUGCAUCUGGAGCACUGAGAAAUCUGGCCGUGGAUGCUCGCAACAAAGAACUCAUUGGUAAACAUGCUAUUCCCAACUUGGUAAAGAAUCUGCCAGGAGGGCAGCAGAGCUCUUCCCAGAAUUUCUCUGAGGACACCGUGGUCUCUCUCUUGAACACCAUCAACGAGGUUAUUGCUGAGAACUUGGAGGCUGCCAAAAAGCUUCGAGAGACACAGGGCAUUGAGAAGCUGGUGUUGAUCAACAAAUCAGGGAACCGAUCAGAAAAAGAAGUCCGAGCCGCAGCACUUGUAUUACAGACAAUCUGGGGCUAUAAGGAACUACGGAAGCCACUGGAAAAAGAAGGAUGGAAGAAAUCAGACUUCCAGGUGAAUCUAAACAAUGCUUCUCGAAGCCAGAGCAGUCAUUCAUAUGAUGACAGCACUCUCCCUCUCAUUGACCGGAACCAGAAAACAGAUAAGAAACCUGAUCGGGAAGAAAUUCAGAUGAGCAGUAUGGGAUCAAACACAAAAUCAUUAGAUAACAACUAUUCUACACUGAAUGAGAGAGGGGACCACAACAGAACACUGGAUCGAUCCGGGGAUCUAGGUGAAAUGGAGCCAUUGAAGGGAACACCUCUGAUGCAGAAGAUUUAGCACCACUAUCUCCGCUACAUCUGAGCUUAUAAUAUAUGUACUUUUAUUUUUUGGUGGUGAAAUGGACUGAUGAUUUUUCCCUUUCUUCGCUGGACUAUCGUGCCAACUGCCAGGCUGCCUCCUGCCCUUAUAGCCCUAAGUGGCCGCCUUCUUUCCACCAACUCCUAACUUCUUCCAGUGAAGCUUAAUUGUCCCUCCUCCCCCCUCCAGAUCCCCUACAGUUGCUCCCAAGAAGCCUGGCUCAGUUAUAUGCAUAUCUCGAGAAACUGCUGCAGAUUAGCUCUUUUUACCAGUUCUCCCUGGAACUCUUGGCCUUGUAUGGAGGGGGGGGAGCGAGUGGGAGUCCUCACUGGAAGCCAUGGGAAGAAUUGGAAGUUACAUGCUGCAUAUGCAGUAUCCAGCACUCUGAUACAAACUGAUGAUUCUUAAUCAAGAUUUUUUUUUUCCUGGUGGGGAAGGGACUUUUAUUUUUUUGGAGAAUGGGAAGUGUGAGCUCUUCCCUUAUCCCUGAUGACUAUUUUUGAAUCAAAGAAGGCUGGCAACAUUGGCACAUUCCACCUGGCAAGGGCCCUUGAGUAAGUGAAGUUCUCCUAGAACUGAGAUUAAGAAACCUUGCUCUCCUCAUCUCCAGGGCAGGGACCAUCACGGACCUACAGACUCUAUCUCUUCUCCAAGCCUCAUGCCAACCCUGGGCUGCUGCCGUUGCCCCUUACUGAGGCUGUCCUUAAUCUUCCUCUCCCAUCCUGUGAUAAUGUCUGCUGACUUGGCCUGGCCAUUUGCAAGAGGCUGUAGAAAGAGGAGAAUGUAUCAAGGAAGACUUUCUGGGUGAGAAGGAGCAGAAAGAUGUCUUCUGGGGAGGAGAAGAACCUCUAGGAGGAGCUAGUAGGAAUGUACAUGAA